CACGGGCAGUGAGCUUCUCUGGUUUCGCGGAGCUGUGUUGGAGCUCAGCAUGGACUACAGACAUAACUUUUAAAUUCAGGAGGACAAAUUACUUUUUAUCCUGAAGAAAUCUCAUUUAAUAACAAAGAAAUAUGGAGGAAAAUACUACAUCACCCCCAACUGGUGUCAACAGCCAGGGGUCAUGCCCUGUCGUGGAUGGACCCUCUCUCCCCUCUCCUGUACAAACUCCUCCUUCACUAGUCUCCAAUAACCCCUCAGCUGCACCCUCUCACCCUGCCAAAUCUCCAUCAACAGAAACCACUGCAAAACCCAGAAAAUUAUCUCAAACAUCCGUUCACAGCAUCUCUUCUUCUCCUUUUGUAGAAGAGUCAAAGUCUUUACCUCCUGCUGGGCCCUCUACACCUGCUCCCACAAAACCCUCCUCUCCUCCUCCAAGUAAAACACCACUUGUUACUUCUCCUAACUGCCCUAUCCCUCCAACCACCAAAGUUUCACCCUUUUCCAAGCUCACAUCUGCCUCCUUUACAUCAGCUAGCAUGGCCUGUGAUGCACCGACAGAUUUCCCUUCUUCUCCCUCCAUGAAUGCUUCCACUGGGGCUCCUGUCACUUCUUCCACCACCCCCAAACGCACCUUUGCCUCCAUGGCCAAGCGGGUGAUAAUGCAGGAAAGACUUAGGAAAGCUGAGGAAGAAGCCAAUGAUGAAGCAGAAGAUGAAGAACCGGAGGAAGAUUUGUCAGUGGAGCAGAUGGAAGAGAAGGCCAUUGCUGGUGAUGCCAGAGCCCAGACCCGGCUGGGUCAGCACUACUUGCUUCUUGCUGAAGAGGAGGACACUGAGCUAAAUAAUCGUGUGGCUGUAAGUUGGCUGAUCAAAGCAGCUAAACAGGGAAGAAAAGGUGCAGCAAAAUCACUGCAGCGCUGUUGGAUCCAGAAAAAAGGAAUCACCCCAGAGAAUGAGGACGACAUGCGGAAGUUAUCGACAGAGAGCAGGUUUGAGCUGGCAGUGCGUAAAGCAGCCAUGAUGAUGUAUUGGAAACUCAACCCAGAUAGGAAGAAUAAGUUGCCCGUGGCUGAGAUGCUGGAAAAUGUCAGCCAAGUCAAUGCAGUCCCAGGUGGCACUGCAGGCCGGAUUCCUGCCCCGACCUCAUGCCAGACCCAGAAAGUGUUGGAGAACAUGGUCAGCAAUGAGUCUGCACAGAUGGUGGACCUGGAUGACUUUGUUGAGAUGACUAAGAAGUAUGCACAAGGUAUUGUCCCCUCUGCACCCCAAACUGCCAGCCCGGUCACAGCCAAGACUGAGAGCCCUACGUCUCACUACAGCAGUAGGGAGCACAAGGAUGAGCUGGUCCCAUCGACAUGCAAGAAGAAAUUAUAUAAAUCUUGGAGUUUUGGUCGAAGUGGGAUGAUGCUGGACACAAGAGAGAAUGGGGCCAUACAAAAAGCCAUGGACAUGAAAUCCCGCUUAAUGAUGCUGCAGUACCCGCUGCGCGGCAUUAUUGAGAUGAAAGAGCACCUGGUGGACUGGGCAUCGCGGGCCGGUGUCCAGUGGCUGAGCACAGUCAUCCCCACGCAACACGUCAACGCUCUUAUUUUCUUCUUCAUCAUCAGCAACCUGACAGUUGACUUGUUUGCUUUUGUCAUCCCCUUGCUUGUCUUCUACCUCUCCUUCGUCUCCAUGAUCAUCUGCACACUGCGUGUUUUUCAGAGCAGCAAGGCUUGGGAGAAUUUCCGAGCUCUGACAUCUCUGCUGAUACGUUUCGAGCCCGGCCUGGAUGUGGAGCAGGCAGAGACCAACUUUGGCUGGAACAACCUAGAACCGUACCUCUAUUUUAUCGUGUCGGUUUUCUUCGUCAUUUUCUCUUUCCCUGUAGCUGACAAGGGCUGGAUCCCCUGUUCUGAGCUCUCCACUGUGGCCAUCUUCUUCACUGCUGUCAGCUACAAGAGUCUCAGCCCCACGGCUGCCACAUAUGCUAGCCGAGCAAUGGUCAUAGAGGUUGCAUCAUCUCUGUGCUGCCUGACCCAGUUCCUGCCAGAGAACAUGACAGUGAUUCGUUGCCUGGGGCGCACCUUCGCCACACUGCCACUGGGGGAGUCAGUGGUGCUGAAGCUCAGUCUCCCCUGCCUGCUGUAUAUUUAUCUGUUCUAUUUGUUCUUCAGCAUGGCCAGGAUGCGUGGUUUCAGAGGGACUUACUGCUUCCUGGUUCCGUACCUCGUAUGCUUCAUGUGGUGUGAGUUCUCGGUGGUUCUCCUCCAGAGCUCCUCUGCUGUGGGUCUAAUGCGCACCUGUGUGGCCUACUUCCUCUUCCUGUUUGCCCUGCCUGUUCUGGCUUUUGGCCUCGCUGCCAUGCUCUUCAUUCAGGUCUUCAAGUGGUUCCUCGAGCUGGAACUGACAAAGGUGAUUGUGACCCUGGUAGUUUGUGCAAUCCCCGUCACCCUGCGGCUGUGGACACGGUUCAGCAUGUCUAUUCUGGAUGUCUUCCGAUCCGUGACCCACCGCGGCCCAGUCAAACUCAUCUUACUCUGUAUCUCAAUGGUGAUCCUGCUCUUUUCUAUCUAUCUGUAUCAUGCGGAGGGACAGAAGGUGUACAACUCCACCCUAACUUGGAGACAGUAUAGCCAGGUGUGUGGGCCCCCAGCCUGGGAAAGCAGAGGUGUGGCCCAGACGCAGCUCUUCUGCAGCCACCUGCAUGGACACAGAGUCACCUGGGCUGGACGUUUCAAGCACGUCCGUGUGGCAGAGACAGAGAACGGGGCACAGUCGGUUAUCAACAUGUUGCCCGUGUUUAUGGGAGACUGGCUGCGUUGCCUGUAUGGAGAGAGGUAUCCCAAAUGUGAGCCAAAGAAUGCAACAGUCACAAAUAUAACAGCUGCCAAUUUUGCAGCCGAUUCUGCUUCAGCUACCGUUACACUGCCCAUACUGCUCCGAAUGCAAGAAGAGGAAGAGCUGUGUCAGAUCAAGGCUCUGGCCAAACAGACCUGCCAUAUCAAGCGAUUUGACAGCCACCGCUUCGAGGUGACCGUAGGAAUGUUCCGGGAUGGAAGUCUGGAAGCAGAGGACCCAGCCAGGGAUAUAAUCCUAAUGGCCAGCCAUGAGUUCAGGCAAGUGCUGCUGAACCUAAAUCCGGGUGAUAUGGUGGAGUUCAGCACCAAGCUGGACGGCCGCUUAGGAGCCAGAGCUCCGGCCUUCGAGUUGAAAGCGAUCCACUGUCUGGAUUGUAUUUCGUCACAGCUGACUGGAGGCAGGCAGGUGAAGAUAGAGAGAGACUGGAGACGCACCACUAUGAGAGCUCUGAAGUUUGCAUUUGAUUUCUUCUUCUCGCCCUUCCUGUCAGCAAAAAUCACCACCUGAGAGAAAAAAAAGACAGCGUAACAGUGAAGCUGAAGUAAUCAGGACUCACGUGAAUCUCUUCAGGAAACCAUGCUGUCUUUUCCCUGGCAUGUGAUCAUGUUGCUACGGCAGACCUGAGAGGCAAGUGUUUAUGACAGGCGGGGAAAAAAAGGUUUUGACAGCAUAAUCUUUGUAAGUUC